AUAAACAUCGUUGAAACAGCAUUCUUCAUUUACUUAUGCAUGCUUUAUCAAAGCACACGGCAUAAGUCGAAUCUUCUUUUGUGGAAUUCUAUUUCUAAUGUUUCAUCGAGGACGUCUAAUGAAAUUAUUUUUAUAAUACUGUGUCAGAAUCAACAUAUGCCAGACAAAAAUCAAGCUAAAGUUCCAGAAAAGAUUCAAAUUAAAAAUAUGCGGUCUUUGGGAAUCCAACUUGUCUGACAAGAAACAAGAAACAAAAAAUUAACAUAAACACACCGAUAAGCAAACCAAUCACAUGUCAUCGAAGCGAACGCCGCCACAGUUCAGAGCAAUUCAACAUGGUGACGUUUUGGGAGGCAGAUAAUCGAGCAGAAUGGUCCAAGCGCAGAACGCGUUUGACAGCAGAACGCUGAGGCAAGAUUAACAAAAUGAGAACCAUGAGAGUGGAAACUCUCUCGCAGUGAUCUGGCGACGGGCGCACGCUCCGAUAACCUCCAGUCGUUUUCGUCAACAGUUCGUGUGUCAGGACUGGCAAGCGCGCAUCAUCUAUCAGCCCUUUCUUCUGUUGGACCAUUCUUAUUUAUACCGGCUACCACUUAUUCGUAAACUUAAAAGCUUCGUCACGUCAUAAGCUAAUAUAGUACACUUUAGAACAAACCAAUCAACAUUUACACUCAUACGUUUCAUGAUAUGAAUUAACUAAUCGCAAGUUGAACCGCAUAUACAAAAUUUGCUUUUAAAGAAACAAAUUUCAUUCUAGCGUCAUUUAUUUCAUACUUACUAGACUUGGCCAUGAUUAAAUAUUGAACAUCUGAUCUUCAAACCUCUUAUUUAUAAAUCCACACUGUUUGGGUGUCUUAAAUUUCAAAAAAACACCAUGGGAAAUCGGAACUCACAGUUUUCUUCAACAAAUUCCGGAAGCCGAGAAAACUUAAUCGAUCCGGAUGACGGUCGAGACAACAUUGGACCAACAGGCGUCUACUCUUCGCAGGACCGAUUCAGCCAACAAAGAAUGAAUUAUAACAUUACCAACAGCAGUUCUUCGGCUGGAAAUAUUUCAGGGACUAAUGCAGAUGAUAUUAACAACAACAUGACCUCCAAUGAGUCUGUUGCGAGGAAUGACAGGUCUAAGGCUGGUUCUGAGGACGUGGACCUCACUGAUGAGAAACUAGCAUCAAUUUCGGUCGAAACAAAAAGAUCUCUGUACACCCUGUACCUGACGUCACUCAUGGGUGCCAUCGGAUACUCCUCAGUGAUGACUUCUGCCUACCCCUACCUGCUCAGUCUCUACCCAGAGACAUCAACCUCCCUCUACGGAUGGGUCAUUGCCAUGUAUAGCAUUGGGCAGCUCAUUUCAUCCCCGACUCUGGGGUUCCUGUCUCAAAAGUUACCCUUCCGACCUCUUUUCGUUUUCACAAUUGCACUCAUGGUUGCUGGCAAUGUGAUCUAUGCCUACUUGACUUUGUUUCCUGAGACUCUUGCAGGAUAUAUGAUGCUACUGGCUCGGUUUAUACUUGGGUUUGGUGCCGGCAACAUGACUCUUAUCAGGACCUACGCAUCAGCAGUUACUUCUAACGAAGACAGAGCAGUAACAAUGGCUUGGGUAACAGGAACUCAAGCACUCGGUUUUGUGAUCGGACCAGUAAUCCAGACAGUCUUCACACCUCUCGAUAACGGAUUCACUUUCCACCUAAUUCGCCUGCAGAUCAGCAUGUACACCUGUCCCGCAUUCAUGGCUGCCUUAAUAAACGUUGCCAACCUAUUCAUAUUCAACAUCAACUUCAGGGAAAUCGGGAGUCUCAAGGUCAACGAGAACGAAACCAUCUCCACGUCCGUUGCCACCUCAAUUUUCAAGUCCAAGAAUUUCGUUUCUGUUGUGCUGUGCAACGUCUUAUGGUUCACUUUCUUAUUUGAUUUCUCAUUCUUCGAAACUAUUAUGACUCCUUUAGUACAAGCCGAAUAUGCCUGGACCUACAACAAAACGGUGCUUUACAAUGGAGUAGUGCUAUUUUCAAACGCAAUCAUGUCAUCGCUUGUCUACCUUUCUACUCGCAAACUUACAGCACGCUUCAAAGAGCGUCAUCUACUUGCAUUUUCAACUCUCUUCCUAUCUGUGGCCUUCAUAUUCCUAAUCCCAUUCAGCAGUCAGUACCCAAAAUUGGCCAAUUCGAACACAACGUCAAAUUCAACUACAACUCAGGCGCCUUUUGAAACUACAAUCGCUACUUCGACCGAAGAAUCUUUUCGCGUGAAGCGAGACACUUCGGGGUUUUCAUUCAGUAUCACAUCUUCGGAAUAUUCAUACAGCGAUGAAAUCAUAGGAUGCAACUCGGAAGUUUAUCAAUGGUGCAGCGAACAACACAAAAUUCUGUUCUUCCAAUUUAUCUUAUGUGCAUGUACACUCAGCUUGACAUACCCUAUAGGAAUAGUAACUACUACCAGUCUCUAUUCUCAGACCAUCGAGUCCUCAAGCUCUCAAGGUCUCUACCAGGGAUUCCUAACGUCGGCAGGAAGCUUAUCAAGAGCGUUGGGUCCAGUUUUUGUCAGUAACGUAUUUCAAAAACAUGGACCAGCAGUAGUAUUUCCUUGUAUAACUGGAAUGACUUUUUUCAUUUUUUGUUUGGUCGCUAUUUUCAACAAGCGAUUUGGAGUUCAUUAAGCAGUUGUAUCCUGUCCCAAGUGUCCAUUCUAAAGUAUUUAUUUUUGAAACACUAUAAAAUCUGUAUUAGAUUUCACAUCGAAUAUGCUACCAGAAAAACUUUGUACACAGUCGACGAGGAGCUUCACAUUACUUGCGAUAUAUAUAUCUCACAUUCUUAGCAUGUAAAGCCAGCCCACAGAAACACUAAAGGCUUGAACUCAAAAAAAUGUUCGGCAGCAUACCGAAAGCUAGAACUAGCAAAACAAUCAUAUAAUUGUCUCAAAUAAAAUAAGCUUUGAGGAAAACCAUGCCAAAAUAGACUACUAUCAGCAGUAAAU